AUGGAUGACCAGGCUGAGCAGGCCCCCUCAGUGAAGAGCGAGCUGCCAAGCAGAGUACCGACGCAAUCUAUGGACGAUUUCAUGAAAGAUACUGGGCCAAUGGAUUCUGGAAGAGAUGGGGCCGGGACUCCAAGACGAUCUGAACAGCCUCCGAUGAAAAAGCAGAAGAAAACUGUGGAUGCUGACGUCCUAGCGGCUGAAGAAGAGGCUGUAAAAUCGAUGGGGGAUACCAACUGGAUUGGGAAAUUGAAUGAAUAUCGAAGUGCUCACCCUCCGGCUGAGGGUCUCACAUAUCACGAAACAGCUGUCCCUGGCAACCCACCAAGAUUCACGUGCGCGGUUACUCUACGAGAAACACCAAUACGCUUUAAUCAGACCGCUAGUGUUACAUUUAGCAACAAAAAGCACGCUAAGCACUAUGCCUCAAAACGAGCAGUUGACUGGCUCAUUGGCAAUGGUUUCAUGCCCAAAGAUGGCUCCGUUAAAUUUCCCAAAGUCGCACCACCACAAGCAGUGAAAAGAGCUAAAAUUCCUCCUCCGCCACCCAAAACAAAAAUCAAGCAUGAAUUGCCCAAUCCUCCGCCAACCUCAACUAAUCUUCCUAUUCAAGCAAAGACACCACCAGAAGAUGAGGAAGGAGGUAAGGUUAAAUUUACAACCAUGGUGCCGGAGCUCGCUCAACGCCUUGGUUUUGACCCUCCACAGUACGAGCUCAGCAAAGUCAUCCCGGACGGGCCUUUAUGGAAUGGAUAUGCGCAUUUUGGAGGCGACCCUCGAAUCGAUGGACCGAUUGGAGAGGUGAAGUCUGUGUACGGUAUGAAGAAUGCAAAGGAAGCAAUCGCGACCGAGGUUGUCAAAUUUCUCAAGUCGAUCGAGAAACAUAGGAAAGAGCAACAGGAGUCGGAUGAUAGGAAGAGGAAGCGGGAAUCGGUCGGGGAUUCGGUUCAUGAGGAUUUAGAAACGCAGGCGGCUAAAUCUCUUAAAGGCGAGAAUGGGAGCGCCUCGGAUUAG